GACAGCGCCCGGUUGAAGUGCAGAAGCCUCCUCACAUGUCUGUUCAGGAACAGAACCGCAUGCAGACGAAUAAGCAGCAGAAGACGCGUGCCUCACCAGUGUGAGUCGAGAGUUCCAAAUAAAAGACACUUUUAGAGCAUCUAAACGUGAAUUACGGUGGUUCCACGAGGUUUGAUCACAGCUGCGAGAACAGGAGUCAGUCGCUGUGCCUCAGCAACAGGCAGCAGCAUGCCUGAAAUCAAAUCCAGUCAGCGGUUCCAUAGCCUGAAGCCUGAGCAAGUGGCAGUUCUCCAUCAGGUUCUGUCAGAUAUUGUUCCCAUCCACGGCCGUGGGAACUUUCCAACACUGGAGCUUCGCCCUCGAGAUAUCAUCAUUGCUGUACGGGCUAGUCUGCAGAAGCAGGGCAUUGUAGUAAGAGAUGUGCGUCUAAAUGGCUCCACAGCCAGCCAUGUUCUGGUCCAAGACAACAGACUGAGCUACAAAGACCUGGAUAUAAUUUUUGGAGUGGAGCUGCCCAGUCAAGAGGAGUUCCAGGUGAUCAAAGAGUCAGUACUUGGUUGCUUGCUUGACUGCCUGCCAGCAGGGGUCAACAGAGAGAGGAUCAGCAGUGCCACAAUGAAAGAAGCCUACGUCCAAAAGAUGGUGAAAGUUUUUAAUGAACAGGACCGUUGGAGCCUUAUCUCAUUGUCAAACAACAGCGGCAAAAACCUGGAGCUCAAAUUUGUAAGCAUGCUGAGGAGGCAGUUUGAGUUCAGCGUUGAUUCCUUCCAAAUCAUUUUGGAUCGCCUUCUUGAAUCCUACUUGCAGGAGAUGCAACAAAAACAUGAUAAUGUUACAGAGAAAGAGGUAGAGACGAAAGAUACCUCUACUCUUGAGCAAGCCAACACUGCAAGUAAAGAAAAAUCAAAAAUCAAAAAUGUAUCCCCUUUUGAGAAAGGGGCCCAUGACACCAAGAUUUCACAAAUGAGCCAUGAGAUGCACGGAAAAGAAAACAGAAUUAAAUCCACAAAACUCUCCACACAGGAAGGAGAUAAUAAAGACAAAAAACCCAUAGAACUGAAAGAGCACAGAGAAAACCUUAAUGAACCCAACCCCCCUGGGCAUACUUCUUUAAACAUUAUCAAAACAGCUAAACAAACCAUUGAGAGUAAUAAAGUUCAGAAUAAACUCAAUGAUGAAGCUCAGCCUUCAGACUCAACCAAAUCCUCAGAACACUCCGAACUAGUCUUUGUAAAUCCGAUUGAACCUGAUGAUAAACAAGAAGUACUCACAGAGAAAACAGAAUGGGUAAAAAUCCCAGAGCCAACACUGACGGAAAACCACAGCAAAGAAACAUCUCAGAAUAUAAAGACCUCCAAGACUGAACGUGUAAAAGAUGAAACACAAUCUUUGUAUAAGCCAGAUGUUGACACGUCUCAAGUAAAUGUUCAAAUUAAUGUGUUGAUCGACACAGAGAUUGAAGUGGAUGGGGAAAAAAGCAAAAUAUCACAAGAAUGUAAAACACUGACAGAAAAUGCAGAUCACACACAGGCAGAUAAGUGUGUUUGCUCCAUUUCUCUCACACCUCUUUCAUGUGACAAAUCACUAGAAACACACAGCACAGUCAAUAUUGAAAGAUCAGUUGACAGCACCGCGGAUACUCAGGAAACACCAACACCACCAGGCCUUGUUUCUGACAAAAACACCUCCUGCCCUUCUUCUAACGUGUCAGAAAGACUCUCUCAUAUGGUGGUGCUGAAACACUCUUCUCCUAAGCCCCCACGUAGGAUGUGUCGAAAGGUUACCACUUUUCCUUUCCCUGUCCCAGCCUUUGAGAGUGAUGGCAUAACGGACUUCAGGUUAGAUCCAAACCCUUCCUCAAGCCCUGAACCUGAUCUUCAUGGAAAGCUAAAACUUGAGCCAGGUCUAAUUGCUGGUGAAGGUUCAGACAGUACAACAAUCACACCUAAAACGACAACAACCUCAAGGCAUGAAAGCAAACCAACCAGUCACCUUACAUCAAAUCUGGACUUCCCAUCGACUCCUGAUCCCAUCCCUGAAUCUGUUGCUAUUCUACCUCUAGAGCCGGAACCUUCUGAAUUAAUCACUGAGUGCUUGUCUGUGACAGACAUUCAAAACCAAGAAGAAAGACCACAAUCGGCUGAGCAAAAUCAGUCUUCUUGUGAAAAUUCUGCUUUGAAACUGAAACAAACAGAGUCUCCCAACAGCCUGGACUCAGUAGCUUCACCCAUUGAUAAAUCCAGCUCAAACACCUCCGAAGCUGAAUCUAAUGAAGCUUUGGAUGAGCCAAACGUCAGCAAUGAAAAGACUACAUCCCACCACUCACCUUCCUCUCCCCUUGCGCCACCUCGUUCCCCUCCUGUACUCAGUUUCUCCCCUCCCUGCUGCACUUCUUCGCCCCCAAACCUCAGCCCUCCACCAUGCGUGACUCCUCCCUCUCAUUGCCUCUCGUCGUCAAUGCUGCAAACUGCCAGCCCUGCCACCAGUUACAGCUCUCCACCCCUGAGCUUCAGUCCCACCUCAUCCUGCCUCAGCUCACCUCCGUAUCUCACCCCUCCUAUGCUCAGCCUCAGCCCUCCUCCUUCUCCGUGCCUCACCCCGCCCCUCCUCUGCUUCACCCCUCCCGUGGAAUCAGACAAUCCUCUGAUAUCCUUAGACACAAAGCCUUUGAUAGACAACUCAGUCAGUGAUGAACAGUUUGUAGAGCCUUCGAUCCUGCACGGUGUGCCCGUCACGCAACUUGAAGAUAAAACCGAGCAGUCUUUUGUUUCUUUGUUAACUCAGGUUCCAGAGCCUGUCUCUUUUCCAAUCACACUGCCAAGCGCAACAUCACAUUCGUUGCCCUACUCCCAGUGUGGAAUGACUAGUGAAUCGGCUGCUUCAAAGACAGAUGAAACAUCCAGCGCUGUGCCUGAGAAGAAUGAAGACUGUAAAACAACUUCAUUCGUCACUGAACAGAGCGAAACUCCGCAGGCAGCAGGCUGUGUCCCAGCUGUCGAGGUUCUGGCUGAGAGCAUGUAUGGCGACUUUGAUGCCGCCAUGGACCACUUGCGUUACCGCUUAAUCGCAACAAGGAAUCCUGAGGAGAUCCGAGGUGGCGGCUUGUUGAAAUACAGUAACCUACUGGUCAGGGACUAUCGACCGGCCAGCGAGACUCAAAUAAAGUCACUUGAGCGAUACAUGUGCUCACGCUUUUUUAUUGAUUUCCCGGAUGUGCAGGAGCAACAGAGAAAGAUCCUAUCCUACUUGAAAAAUCACUUCAUUGGUGAAGAGAGAAGCAAGUAUCAGUACCUAAUGACGCUACGCCGUGUGGUUGAUGACAGCACUGUGUGUUUGAUGGGCCAUGAGAGGCGCCAGACUCUCAACAUGAUCACAGUGCUAGCCCUGAAAGUUCUAGGGGAGCAGAACAUUAUCCCCAACACGGACCAUGUAACAUGCUUCUAUCAGCCUGCUCCAUACCUCGCCGAGCAUAACACUCCCUAUCUAACAGAACCCAGUUAUUGCAGCUACUACAUACCCCAGGGAGGAUCAACUCUCCUUUACCAACCGUACCCCUUACACUUACACACACAGACAGGAUUAGUUUAACUGGAAAUCAAACAUGCAUGAGUAGCAGCAGCAAAGGGAAAGCCUGCAUUCCAUGGGGUAAGAUAUCGAGAAGGGAAAUAGACUUUAACCUAUCACAGACUUCUCGAUGAAUGAGGGGUGCUGUACUUCCAUUUGUACUCUCAAGUUCAAACAAGAAUAUUAGUAAUGGUUAAAAAAACAUCUGGUAUUGCUCCUGAAAAUGCUGUGGAACCAUGAGUCAUAACCCUUUGGCAUCUCCGGGACCAAAGAUGGGUUGCUGACCUUCAUGAACAUACAAAUGUACUUCCAGGUUCUUGGAAUCCUAUGUGUUCUUCUCCUGUUAUUAUUGUGUUUGUUUGGAAUGUGGACCUUGCCUGUGACUAAUAUUGUGCAUGGACUACAUGGGACUGUUCUCUCACUGCCAAACUCUCUGUGACUUUGUUCCAAAAACAGUUUAGUGUACAUGUAACUCUGUUUCCAUUUAAUGAAGAGUAAAUUUUUGAAGAAUUAUACAACAGUAGAUUGAGCAGUUUGUGAAGUACUAUGUUCAAAUUUCAUGCAUGUACACAUCUGAACACACACAUAUUCCAAAAUGUAUUGGAAAUCAGACAAUGCAUGAACAGCUCGGUAUACUAAACAUAACACAUGACACAAUGCAAAGGCUCUUAAUCUAAUAAAAUAAAUAAAUAUAUAUAUAUAUUUUUGCAAGACUUUCCAAGGUAACACUCAACGAUAAUCUUACUGUUUUUUCAUAAUGCCUUUUCAAUACACUGUACAGCAUAUUUGUCACAGUAACAGUAUGUUGUUUGUGAAAACAAUCUAUCAUUUUCAGGUAAACUGUGAAAUAUGUACUGAAUUCCUUUUGUUUGUGAAGUCUUUUAUGUUAUCAUGUGGCAUUUUGGACAAAUUAGUUGAUCCUACACAUGUGGACAGGUUAUACAGUAACCAUCUUUGGGUCAGUUCUAAGCAUAGCUAAAGUUGACGCAACCACCUUUGACCUACUAACUCUUUUCAAAAUGAAUCAGCACCUAUGUUUUACAUGAUAAAAUUCCAAAAACAUUUGAACCCAGUUUAAAUCUAAUUUAAAGCAACAGCAACUAUGACCAAAGAUGGUUGGGAAGAGAAUUCAAGUGCCUAAAUGAAAGAAAUACAAGUCUUAUCUUACUGCACUGGGAUGUUAAUGGGGUGGGUCUGGACCAGGGAUGUAGGUUUCGUGUUUAAAUUGUGACCCCUGUCACUGCUGCCUGUUUUGAUGUCUUCUUUAAUGUAUUUAUCUGUUGUAGC